UUUUUUAAUAACAUUGUUAGUCUGAACUUAUAUUGAAGAUAGGGAUGUAAGAUAGGGAUGUAACAAUAUCCAAGUUAAGACACAAAAGACUGGAUAGAGGCUAAUAUCUGUGUUCCGUGUGCUGUAGACAUUUAUAGUGUAUUCAGAAUUGCUCUGAAAUGUUUGACUGUAAAUGAGGUUUAGUGGUGUCUCUCUGCUGUGUAUACUUGUCAGUUCAAGAGAAAUGAAGACUAAAAUCUAAGGGAAAGACUAAAAUCAGUGUUUUGAUCUAAAAUUAUGUAAGGCUGAAGUGUAAUGGUUGUUAUAUGUUGCAGUAUUACUGUUCUUUUGUGCCCCCUGGAUUGUUGACACUUUGAACAGUGCAUGAAAGAGAUCUUCAAAAAAUUAUUCUUGUUAACAUCACUGCAUCACUUUAGGGUUAUCCUAUGUCAGCGAGGGAAAUGGAAAGCAGGAUCAGGGAUUAUUAAGAGCUUAGGCUUACACUGAACUGUGCCGUCAUUAAGCUUUGGCCUCUUUGUGAUGCAUAAACUUGCUGUUGCUGCUAGUUGCUUGUCAAUGUUGCAGCAUCAUUGUUUGUUUCAUGUUGAACUGCUUUAUUUACGUGAGAGGUGAAUCAGAAGAUGAAGGACCCGUGUCGUAUUUGUCGGGCUUGUCUGGUUGGAAACCAGUGUCGCUGGAUCUUUAGCCCUUCUACCAAAAACAAGCUACAGGUGAUACUGUCUCAUGUGCUGCGAAGAGAGGUGACCCGUGAUGGUCGGGGUGAGUUUCUGUGUGGGAAAUGUGUGUUUCAACUUGAGAAGAUAGUGAAAUGUGAUGCGGACAUCAUCCAUAUACAAGAUGACUACAACAUGCGCAUCAAGAGACUUCAAGCUGAAAAAGACCACCUUAUACAGUGCAUGAUGCAUGUAUACAAAAAAAACAAUCCAGACAUGGACAAGAAUGAUGGGGAAAGCUGUUCCAAAAGUAAACUUAUGUCACCGUCUGUUAGCAGUUCUGAUAAUCAAAUUGUUGGUCAACAGACCACUGAAGGCCAUUGUCAAGAUACAGGAAGAACAAACCCGAAGAGUCCUAUGAGAAGAUGUGUGAGUUUGGACAGAAUAGCUGGUAAAAGUAUAGGGCACUGUGGCAUAAAGUUUGGAUCAGAGUAUCAAGAUCCCAUAAGGUCUGAUAGUGUUCGAGGCACACGACAUCGUUCACAAAGUAUGUACUUUGACUUGGUCCAUCGCAAAUGUCCACAGUCCAGGUACGGAUUUAAAGGACACUUUAAAUCGCUGCAGUCGCUCAAUAGAGACUUUGCUUCAGAUUAUAUGUCUACACUGAGACCUAAAACAGUCAAAGGCUUAAAUAGACUCAACUCUGCUGUUGGUUCUUUGGAAAAGUCUCAGACCACGGUCCAGAGCUCGACUCAACCCUCGAUUGUCUCUGAUGUGAUCCAGCUCUUGUGCUAUAUCACUACACAUCAAAUCUCUGUCCCAGCGGGGAGCCGUAUUCCUAUCCUAAGAAGAAUCAGUAUCACUCGUCUCCAUCCUCCCUCAAACUGCAGACAUAAAGAUAACAAGAUUCUGCAUGAAUUAGCAGAAGAAUUUGAUGAUCAGUACACGCCUGUUAGAAUGGAGGUGAAUGAACUUCAUCGUUUGAAGUCUCUCAACCAACAACUAAGUGAGGAGGUUACCCAAGCAAGAAAUUCCAAUGAAAUCCUCUCUAAAACACUUGAAGACAUCAAGAAUGAAACUAUGAUUCUGACUCAAAAGUUAGAGGAAAAAGAAAAUGAACUAAAUUCUGAGAAGAAAAAUGCACUCAAGAGAGACAAAACAAUUCAAGGUCUCACGCAGAUCCUUAGUGAAAAAGAAAAUGAGAUUGCAGAGCUGUGUCAUGAGAUUGAAGAUCGGGAUGAAGCACUAUCAAAAGCAAGAGAAACAGCACACAAGGCCCAGCUACAAAAAUACCAGUGCAAUUUUCAGGGAGCUGAAGAGUAUCAGAAUCUAUUAAUGGAGAAGCAAACAGAACUGGCCCAGCUCCAAGGCGAGCAUCAUACCAAGGUAUUGGAGACUCAGAAGCUCCAGCGUGCACUGGACAGGAAGGAACUGGAGUUGGCUGGUCUACAGCAGGCCAAGGAUCAACAGGAGAUAGAACUGGAGGACAUACAGCAGCAAAAGAAGAAAGGAGACAAAGCCCUCAAUGACCUAAACAAUCAGCUUAAAAAGCUAAAUGGGGAUAUAAAAUACAGAGAAAGUGCUUUAGAGCAGCAAUACCAGGAAGCACUGAAUCAAACAAAACAAAAGGUCCUUGCCCAUGAAGCAACCAUCCAACGGCUUACAACUUCUCUAAUGGAUAAAGAACAACAGCUACAAGAAUACAUAAACAUGCUCAGAGACUUUGAGCACAGCAAAUCUUCAGAGGGCAUUGAUGGAAUGCUCUCCAUGCUGCGACAAAGACUUAAAGAGAAGGAUAAAGCACUGGAGCAAGCCUUGGACGAAAAGUUUGCUGCAAUCGAAGACAAAGAUAAUGAGAUACACAUGUUGCAGCUGUCUUUAAGGGAGAAAGAACGAGACUUGGAAAGACUGAACAAUUUAGUUUCCCACAAUGAAGAGACUAUUAAUAGUCUUGAUACUAUGAUAAAGGAGAAAGAUGUGGAAUUACAGCAUCUUGCCAACACGUUGAAGAAUCUGCAAAGAUCUAAACAAGAAAUAGAAGAUAACUUGAGUCGAUCCUUACGGGAAAAGGACGCCAUCAUCAGUCAGCUUAAGUUGUCUUUAGAAGGCAAAACUAAACAUUUGGAGGAAUUGACCACCUCAAUGCUGAAUCAGUUCCAAAGUCACCCUAAGGACCUUGAUCAACAGAUGAGUCAAAGGCUGAAAGUUGCUGAGGCUAUGUUGGCGGAAUCUGUUAAAAUAAGGGAAAGAUUGAUUGCUGACAACGAGAGUGCUGUAGAAGGGCUUCUGGUUACAAUUAACAGCAAGGAUCAACUUCUCAAGGAGUCAGGUGAACAUUACAAGUACAUGAUGUCUCAGCGCACUCAGGAGGUUGACGAUCUAAGGAAGCAGCUCUCUGACCAACAGCAGCACCUUAACACAGUUGAGAAGCAAUGCUCAGCCAGGACACAGAAUGCUCUGUCAGAGGCCGCAGAGCUCAGAGCCCGACUGGAGGAAAAAGAUGGUCUCAUAACUAAGCUUCUUCAACAAGCAAAGGACAGAGACCAGUAUUCAAAUGAGAUUAGGCAAAAGGAGGAGUCGGCUCAUGUUCUGGAGCUUAGACAUACCAUUCAGAUUAUGCAGGAAAAACUAGAUGAAAAAGAAGCUGAGCUGUCAACAAAGACUGGAGAAAAUAAAGAUGACAAUAUUCCACUCCCAAAGAAAAAUAUCCUUAAGAAAGAACUACUUCAAACAACCGAAGCACUGAACAAUGCACUUACAAGAGAGGCUGAACUGAAGUUAUUAUUAAAUGAUCUUGAGGUUUGCUGUGAAAGUAAAACUGCAAAAAUUGAGUUCCUUACUGCCACUCUACAGAUGAAUAAUGAGACUAUCAGUACACUCCGCCAGCGUAUCGGUCAAAAGUCCGAAUGUUUAGAGGAGGAUGCCCAUGAUCAGGCCACUGACUGUGGAACAGAGAGAUUUCUUCCUAAGCUUCCACAGAGAGAGCGAACCAUGAUUGGUGGAGAUAACGAACAACAGACUGUUCCCAGUUUUAAAGCCCUUCAACAGGAACACGAGGCUCUCAACAGAGCCUUGAAGGCAGAACAGCAGCUUUAUUCUAGUUUGGUUCGGACAGUUAAAGAGCAGGACAGCGCCCAACGUCUCCACGCUCUACAGCUAGAGCUGACAGCUGUGCAACUCCUUCGACAGCAAUUAGAGGAAAGCAUCAAAACUAAUGAUGAACUUAGAGAUGACCUGGAAAGAGAAAUGCACAGAGCCAAACUUAGAGAAGGUAUGGACCUUAUUGACCCUAAGGAGCUUGAGAGCAUGAGAAACCAAUUAGAAGAUGCACAACGGUGGAAUGUGUCACUGCAGGCUCGCUUGGGGGCUAUCCAGAAUCGUGGAGGAGGUGUGGGUGGAACCAAUGAUGGUGACUCCUUGACUUUCUUAGGUGACCAGACAUCGUAUUUGAGCAUUUGUGUUGGAGAAGAGCAGGAUGACAAUUUGUCCCAGUUGACCUCCCAGGAGCUUAGGGAAAAGGUGACAGAACUCCAGGACUAUAUUAGUAGACAGAAUGCUUUGAACAGAGACCUGCAGAACAGAUUGAGCUUGCUGGAAAAGUCAUAUCUUAAAAGUCCUGAUAAAGACGAGCUGAAGAUGGGAUCACAGAUCUUUUGGAAGCAGCAGCCUUUGACUCACCAGGAUAAAGAGAGCCAGACAGAUGCCACACUGGAACCGAAUAUUUGUGGAGAUUUUAAAAGUAUAGUUGAUGAAACUAGAGGACAAACUCGGUCUGGCUGUGACACAAAAGACAAGGAUCACUGUGUGGAUGAUAUUACAAUUUCAAAUCCAUUCGAUAAAGCCUGCUCUGAAUCAUGCUUCAAAGAGAAACUUGUUAAAACUAUACAACUAAAAGAAAAAACAUCACACGAAUCAAAAGAAGAGUGUGUGGAGGCCUCAGGGGAGUGCAUUGAUGCUGUGAGUCAGGCACAUAAAACUGGAGAAAUGCCCCAACCCCAAAAAAUUGUAACAUCAAAUGGCCAAACAAAAUCUAACAAGACUGGUACUCAGAAAGCUUACACCAAAGAGCUAACUGCGCAGUCAUUUACUGGAAACUCAAAACUCAAAACUGGCACAAAAUCUAGUCACACAAAGGUUUGGGCUUCACAAUCUCGACUUCCUGUACCUGUGAGGCGAAGAUAUGAAGCUACUGGUGGUGCACUUGAACAUCAACUUUUAGAUGUGGCCCAUGGAAGCGAUCAGCAAAUUCUCUCCUCAGAUUCCCUCUCAUCACAGUCUUGCCCCUCCUCCCUUGAUGCACUUGUGUCCAACAGUAGCUUCGAGGUCAAACAAAACUCUUGCAGCACCCUGCCCGAUGUCCCUUCAGCAACACAGUUAGAGAUACUUCAACAGCAGUGCCAGGAUAAGGAGGUAUUAAUCAGUGAACUUCAUGAAAAACUAGCAGACUUGAAGGAGCUCCAAACCCAGCUUCAAGAAAAAGAGCGACUUAAUCUUCAGUAUACAGAGGCCCUCCAGGCAGCUGAGUCCACUAUUGCAUAUUUAACUGCUUGUAGUCUAGAUAGCCAGGGUGCUCUUGGGUCUAACCUAAGUGGUUCAAAUGCCACACUUCAAAACAAAUGCAUAGAACUUAAGCAUGCCUUAAAUGAGAAGGUAGAGUAUAUUUGUGAGUUAACAGAACUACUUCAAGAAGCUGACACGGUUUCAAAUUCAUCAAAAAGUAAUGGUCCAAAUCAUGAUAUCACUGAUCUUGAUAUCAAAGCUGUUUUGCAGAGAAAUGCCUGCAGCAAAAAACAGAACCAAGAUGACUUAUCUGGAUCUAGUAAUGAGCUGCCUUCAAAUGCACAGUGGGACAGCAACUCUGCAGUGCUGACAAAGAUAUUACAAACUGCUGAUUCUGUUGGGAGAGAUGGCCAAAAUGAUAGUUCAAAUAAAACACCAUCAGAGCAGUUUGAGGCUAUAGGUUCUCACAUGAGCGAUUCACAAAAAAGAAUUGUGGUUGUCCUAAUGAACUGUCUCAAUGCCACUAAGUCUGCCAUUGCAUCCCUGACUGCUCACUGUACAAACAGCUCAUCAGUGACAUCUACUGAGCUGCAGACAUGUCUGGAUAAGUUAAAGAAGGCAUUCAAUGAAAAAGAAACCCUAGGAGACAUCACAUUGCUUAGUAUUGAAACUAGCGAUGCAGAGUGCUCCAGCUCACCUCAAAUGAAAGAUCAGUGCCCACAAGGUCCUCAUCACAACCUACAAGUCCUGUAUGAAGUCUUUAGCAGCCUUCAACAAAAAAUGUUGGAACUCCAGGCCUCACAAAAGAGCUCAGAUGGGCAGAGACCUUUACAAAACACCAAGGCACUACCACCGAAUGUGCAGAACCAGAUCGAGACUCUUCACAAGGAACUGAGAGAAAAAAGAAAGAUCUGCAAAAACCUAGAGGAGAAACUAGCCACGGCACAGUCCAAAACACCAAGUCCAGGAGCUACUCAUAAUGCACUGAAGCAAGAUGAGAAAGGCGUGCAGGUGGAUUUGCAGGACCUGGGUUACGAAACGAGUGCCAAGAGUGAGAACGAUAGGGAGGAGAGCAGUAGCACAGAUUUGGAGGUCGGAUUUAAACCUAUUUGCGGUGCAGCUAGUCUGCCUUCCCUCUUGAAGCAGGAACAGGCAAUUUUUUCCUCUACAGAAAACCUUUACUCAGCAUCCAGCACAUACCCUACAUCCCCCGUUCUAAGCUCGGCUAAGGCAAGCAUAAAAAGUUUGCGUAGAAGCUCAUUAUCCAGUGAUGUGGUUGCCAGCACAUAUGAACCUUCAGCAAUUAGAGAAGAGGACCAUGCACAACCCCAUGAUGAAGAAAUGGAUAAUAGAGCCAUGCAUUUAAGAGGAACAGCCCUUAAGGACAAAACAAACUGCCUGAAUGUUAGCUCUGAGAGAAGAGCGUCACUUAGCCUAAGUGACCUGCUCCAUAGUCGAAGUGGCUCAACAUCACCUGCCAGACUGGAGUCACUGAUUCAGUCUCAGGCCAGAGAGCUGUCCCAGCUGAGACAGGAGAUCAAGGACAGUCGGAGGCUGGGCGCCCUGCAGCGGCAGCAGCUUGAAGACUUGGGCAAGGCCUUUAGUAAUCUGAUACAGUCUGCUAAAUUGGACAACCUCAUGGGGGAGGAGGUCAAAAAGCAGCUUGACAGAAGCAUUGCAAUUAUGGACAGUUUGGAAGGACGUCUUGAUAGAAGUCAACAGCGUUCAGAGGGAGAGUCUCUUUUGGGGAGUGAACACAGUGCAAAAGUCUCACACAGGUUAACUAAGGAGCUGCAGGAGAAGAACCGUCUCAUCCAAAACUUGCAGAGUCAAACCACUGACCAAAGUCCAGGCAGUCACCAUAGCUCUCAUUCUAAUUUGCACCACAUAAACAAGACCUGCUCAUCUUCCCAUAGCAGCCAGGAGUCCAAACCAACACAGAGCCGACCGCUCUCAGCUGAAGGGGGUGGAGUUUUGGAGAGGGGUGCCUCUGAUCACGGUGACACUGUUAGCAGACUACAGGGCCUGCACAGGGAGAAUGUUCGGCUUCAGGAACAACUGAGGAGCAGCGAGCAGCUCAAUACCACGCUGCGUAGUGAACUUGACCUGCACUGUACCAUCAUGGCUCAGAGUAGCUCACAGGGCCGUGGUGAGUCCGGGCUUGAAGCCAGACUAGGGGCAGACAGCAGUUCUCCAAGGGACUGUCCACUCACUUCAGACCUACUAGCAGAGCAUUUACAAGAAAUCCGAGCUCUCCGUCGUCAUCUUGAAGAAAGCAUCAGAAACAAUGACAGCCUAAGGGAACAACUGGAGAAGAAGCUUGCAGAGGCACACCAAGACUCAGUGCGUACCCACAUCUUCAUCAAAGGCCGUGAGGAGCACAGUCAGGUUACGCAAGAGAGACAGUAUCAUGCGCAACAAACCUCGAAAAAGCAGCUAAACUAUGAGUCUGAAGAUAAGCAAAAGGAGAAUGACAAACUGCGGGAGACUUUGGCAAGAAGAGCCGCAAAACUGGAGCAGAGCAGAAAGGAGUGUGAGAUGCUGCGGCAGGACAACAUGCAAAUGCAAGAGAGACUGGAGUUCAUGAGUCAAGAAAAUGCUCAACUAAAAGAUUCUUUGCUCUGCAGUAAAGAGGAGCUCCUGAGGCUUCAGCAUGAAGUGAAAGUUCAAGGUCAACAGCUAGUGGAUUCACACCAUCUUCUCCAGUCUUUGCGUGUGGAAUUGCAGGUUUAUGACAAACUGAAGAGCCAAGGUCUGAAAUCUACAGAAGAUGGGCAGACUGCACAUGGGCAAGAGCCUGUGUUUUCAGCGGGCUCAGUGGACCUGGGAGAGCUGAUGUCUGAGAUCAGAAGUUUGCGACUUCAACUGGAGAAGAGCAUCCAGACCAACAACGCCCUGAGACAAAGACUGGAGGAGCAGAUCAAUCAUGGACUCAACCACUCUGAAACCAUUAACAUCAAUUACAUGCUUUCCUCUCCAGAUGAGGCAACCAGGACUCAAGGUCUGGACAACUUGAAUCCUGCUCCUCACAGGCGAUAUGCUAGAAACAUCCAUGCUCAAAAACAACAGUCAGUAGUUGAUGGAGGAUCUUUGAGUAGCAGCUCGAUGGACAGUACUGGUGCUCCCUCUCGCCUGGUACCCGGUCACCGGAUGUGGGCUAAUCGUAAUGGCCGUCAUAUUUUGGGCUUGAUUGAAGACUACAGUGCUCUUCGCAAACACAUCUCAGAAGGGCGCAAACUUUCCCACAGUAUGGACAUGCAACUGCAAGAGUGUAUACUGUUCUUUAAGGAACAAUGUUCAGACAAGUUUCAGGAACAGAAGCCUCUGAACAGUUUGUGCACUAAUAUGGGCACACUGCAGCACGUCCUGGAGGAGGCCAACCGUCUGCUUAAACUGUUGUGGCGCGUGUCUCUGCCCGUCAAUGCAACAACUGGGGACAUGGGUCACAACCAGCAGGAUGAGCAGCUGAAACGGGAGAUCUCCAGGCUGAAGAACAGAGUGCUACAGCAGGAGAAGAUGUUGAGUGGAGCUGUGAAACGUCUUGGAACAACCAAUCAACUCAAAGAGGGAAUGGAAAGGGUCAUCAUUGAUCAGUUGUCGUUGACUCAUGGGAUUUUGAAGAAAGCAAGAGGAAAUUUAGAGGAGAUCCCAGUGAAUGGCCUGUAGCAGAUUUCCAGUCCGAUCCAAGAGAUGGUCUUGAGACGAGUCAGCACUUUAGACAGAAGAGCUGUAGCUCUCUGCAACUCAGAUAAACCUGCUGUCAACUAAUCCAGAUUCAGUUUUAUUUAUUUGCUAGAGAAAUGAUAUUCUAGGUACUCAUUUUCCUAAAUUGUAUUUUUAACACAGGAUUUUACCAUUUUCUUUUAGUGCCUUUGUGUAAAUAUUACUUUACCCAUGUCUCAAGAUGCAGUAAGCAAUUUCAGUGUUUUCAGUGUGAAUCAUUUUUAAAGAAAAAUAAAAUCAUUGCUGAUAGAAAA